AUGUCGCGAGAGGCAACCGUUCACUCGAAUAAGAAUACCUCCAUGGAGAAGAACUUGCAAUCGGGCUUUGACGAUUCGCGUCUUCCAACAAAUCAUACACCUCAAGAAGACAACACGGUUUUGCAACAUAUGGACCAGACAGAGGGUGGCAAGCCACAAUGGCUACAAGGAUCCACGCUGAUAAUUAUCAUGGUAGCCCUUACUAUCGUGUCCUACUUGAUGCUGCUCGAUGUUUCAGUUGUGUCUACCGCACUUCCUGCGAUCACGAAUGAGUUUAAUUCACUUCCAGACCUUGGAUGGUAUGGAGCGGCAUAUCAGUUAUCAAAUGCCGCGCUUCAGCCUUUGUCCGGAAAAAUCUACACCCAUUUUACACCCAAGUGGACGCUCUUGAUCUAUUUCUUCGUCUUUGAAGUAGGGUCUUUAAUCUGUGCUCUGGCGACAUCAUCCAAUAUGUUAAUUGUUGGUCGGACAAUCGCCGGGAUGGGUAACUCUGGUAUACCAAAUGGAUGUGUCACUAUUAUUGCUGGGAUGGUCCCUCUACAUAAACGCCCAGCCUUACUUGGUAUCAUGAUGGGAAUAUCUCAACUAGGUCUUGCCUCUGGGCCAUUGGUGGGAGGAGCAUUGACAGAAUACACGACUUGGCGAUGGUGUUUUUGGAUAAAUCUGCCGAUAGGCGCCAUUGUGGCCUUGUUGGUAGUCUUCAUCCGCAUUCCAGAUCCCCUUUUCAAAGAGCCUUCGCUUACCGUACUCCGCACUCUACACAAGAAGUUGGAUUUCAUUGGGGUAGCUGGUUUCGCUGGAUCUGUCAUUAUGCUACUACUGGCGAUUCAAUUUGGAGGCAUUCGCUUCCCCUGGAAUAGUCCGACUAUAAUCGGGCUAUUUUGUGGCUCUGGCAUCACUUUCCUUCUUUGGAUUGCCUGGAGCAUGAAAAAGAGCGAUAAGUCUCUGAUUCCUUUGAAAUUGAUGAAACAACGACCCGUGUGGUCUAGCUGCCUAACAUACGGCUUGACUAUGGGGUCACUCUUCACGACUUCAUACUUCUUGCCUGUUUACUUCCAGGGUGUUCUAGGUGCUACUCCUCUAUUAAGCGGUGUUCAAUUACUCCCGAAUAUUAUACCUCAGCUAUUGGCGGCCGUGCUAAGUGGAAUUCUAGUCACCAGGAUAGGAUACUAUAUACCGUUCAGCUUGAUAGGAGCGGUAUUUAUUUCAGUUGGCGCAGGUCUCAUUUCAACGUACUCGCCCAUGACACCUCUAGCCAGGAGAAUCGGAUUCCAGAUAAUACUAGGUACUGGCUACGGUCUUUCACUUCAAAUGCCACUGGUCGCCAUACAAAACUCCGUCCAGCUUCAUCAACUCCCUGUCGCCGUGGGGGUGUUGAUGUUCUGUCCACAGCUUUCGGGCGCUUUACUUGUUAGCUUCGGAAACACUAUUUUCUCUAACAGUCUCCGAAAUCUGGUUCCACAAUAUGCUCCUUCCGUGAAUCCUGACAUUGUUGUGGCCGCAGGGGCAACCAGUCUGCGGAAUGCAGUUCCACCAUCUACCCUUCAUAAUGUGUUGAUUGCAUACGCAAAGAGUGUCGAUCGCGUAUACUAUCUGGGAGCUGGGUGUGGCGUCGCCACGUUUUUCUCGGCAUGGGGAAUGGGCUGGAAGAACAUUCGGAGGACUGAGAAGCCCGAACCGCCUCAGGCGCCCAGGCCCCAAGAGCAGGAAUCUCAUGAACUUGUCAGACUUGCCAAAAAUUAG